CUUAAAGAAUUUCAAAACCAACCACAAGGGAAAGAUCUGUGAAUUUUUGUAAUGGAAAGCGGUAGCCUCUAGGGCCCAGAGGAUAUGCAGGGAGGCAUUUUCUCUUGCUGGUGCAGCGAGCGAGCGAGACCUGGAAAUGAAAGUAAAGAGAUCAGGAGGCACAUGGAGGGAGCUGCAGGGGCAGCCGAUCCAGAAACAGAAUGCUGCCUUCUAUAAUUAAAUAGCACUUACUAUUAUUAUUACUUCUAGUAAUAAUACAUUAAUAAUAUCUCUAGUAAUAUAAUACCAUUUAUCAAGGAAAGUUUAUACAUAGUGUGGGGGGGAAACCCAAGGAGAGCAACUAUAAUGGAGAGACAGAAGAGAAAACAAGAAAUAGAGAAAGGACUUCAGUUCAUCCAGUCCACGUUACCCCUAAGCCAAGAAGAUUAUGAGGCCUUUUUGCAGAAGCUGGUGAGAAACCUGUUUGCAGAGGGCAAUGAUUUGUUUCGAGAGAAGGAUUUCAAGCUUUCGCUGGUACAGUAUGUAGAAGGGCUAAACGUGGCAGAUUACGCAGCCUCUGACGAGGUGACCAUCCCGACGGAACUCCUGUGCAAGCUGCAUGUCAACCGAGCUGCCUGCUACUUUGCCAUGGGGUUGUAUGAGAAGGCACUGGAAGACAGUGAGAAGGCUUUAAGUCUUGAUAAGGAGAACAUCCGAGCACUCUUCCGGAAAGCCCGCUCCUUAAAUGAACUUGGAAGACACAAGGAAGCAUAUGAGUGCAAUAGCCGAUGCUUGCUGUCCCUCCCACAUGAUGAAAGCGUCACGCAACUGGGACAGGAGCUUGCCCAGAAGCUGGGACUGAGGGUUCGAAAAGCAUACAAAAGACCUCAGCAGGAGUUGGAAACAUUUUCGCUACUCAGUAAUGGCACAUCAAUCAAUUUGUCAAACCAGACCACUUCCAAUGGAUUGGGUUCGAUAGAUGACAUCGAAACAGACUGCUCUAUGGACCUGCAGUGCCUCCAAGCUCCUGUGGCAACCUCCAUCCCUGUGAGCGAGGAGCUGGCCCCUUUGCCCUCUGACUCAGAUGCAAAGGGCUUGCCGACCUCGCUCCCUGCUGCCAGCUUGCUCCCAUCUCCAGACUGCGUGUCCCUGCCAGUGCCUGAGAGCGUGGAGGACUUCACAGAUGGGGACAUCAUUGGGGAAGAACUGGAUUCCCUCCUGGACUCCCUUGCCGAAGGGUCACCAUACCCUCUAUCUCUGGUCCAGGGCACCAUUCCUACCAACCUGCCAACAGAGAUGCCCCAGCUGAUCCCUGUGUUUCCCGGGGGAACUCCGCUGCUGCCACCAGUCGUGACAGCCAGCAUCCCUGUCUCCACCCCGCUGCCACCUGCCUCCUUCGGCCUGGUGAUGGAUCCCACCAAGCAGCUCUCCUCCUCCUCUGUCCUGGAUGCCUUUGAGGCCCCGCCAGGUGGAAGUGGUGGCUCCACCUUAGAUUCGCUGGAUUCCCUGGAUCUGCUCCCUUACACAGACUCACGGCUUGAUGCCCUGGACUCCUUUGGGACAAACAGAGGGUCGCUGGAUGCCUUGGAUUCCUUUGCCAUUGAAGAAAGUAGCCCUCAGGAACUGCGACACCCACCUGGCAGCCAAAAACCAUCCCCCGUGGUGAGUGAGCCGCUCCCCCGUGCUGAUGUCCCAAGGUGCUCUGGAACCAAGGUAGUCAGCCAUGGUGGAGUGAGUCACCCAGCUGUGCCCAAGGUCACCGAGCACCUGCUGUCCCAGCCGGAACCAGUCAUGCCCAACACAGCCCUGCUGGUGAAGAACCCCUUGGCAUCUACUCACGUCUUCAAACAAGCGUGUCAUAUUUGCUACCCCAAAACAGGACCGAAGGCUGGCGAUUACACCUAUCGGGAAGGCUUGGAGCACAAGUGCAAGCGGGACAUCCUGCUGGGCAGGCUAAAGAACUCAGAAGACAAGACCUGGAAGAGGAUCCGUCCUCGCCCAACCAAAACCAACUUUGUAGGAUCCUAUUACCUGUGCAAAGAUAUGCUUAACAAGCAGGACUGUAAGUACGGGGAUAACUGCACCUUCGCGUACCACCAGGAAGAGAUCGACGUGUGGACGGAGGAGAGGAAGGGGACCCUCAACCGUGACCUCCUCUUUGACCCGUUAGGUGGGAUCAAGCAGAGCAGCCUCACCAUUGCCAAGCUCCUCAAGGAACAUCAGGGCAUCUUCACCUUUCUCUGUGAGAUUUGCUUUGACAGCAAACCCCGGAUUAUCAGCAAAGGGACCAAGGACACACCAUCUGUUUGCUCCAACCUUUCUGCCAAACACAGUUUCCAUGACAACAAGUGUCUGGUCCACAUUGUGCGUUCCACCUCCCUGAAAUACUCCAAGAUCCGCCAGCUCCAGGAGCACUUCCAGUUUGACGUGUGCCGACACGAGGUGCGUUAUGGCUGCCUGCGCGAGGACAGCUGCCACUUCGCUCACAGUUUCAUCGAGCUCAAGGUCUGGCUGCUGCAGCAGUAUUCAGGGAUGACCCAUGAAGAUAUCGUGCAGGAAUCGAAGAAAUACUGGCAACAGAUGGAGGCACAUGCUAGCAAACCAGCCAACAGCAUGGCUUCUCCCCGGGCUCCCACAUCAAGCACCUUUGACCUCCAGAUGAAAUUCGUGUGUGGCCAGUGCUGGAGGAAUGGGCAGCUGGUGGAGCCAGAUAAAGACCUCAAGUACUGUAGUGCCAAAGCCCGCCACUGCUGGACGAAGGAACGUCGCGUCCUGCUGGUGAUGUCCAAAGCAAAGAAGAAGUGGGUGUCUGUCCGACCACUGCCUUCCAUCCGCAACUUCCCACAGCAAUAUGAUUUGUGUAUCCAUGCACAAAAUGGCAGGAAAUGCCAGUAUGUGGGCAACUGCUCCUUCGCCCACAGCCCUGAGGAGAGAGACAUGUGGACCUUCAUGAAGGAAAAUAAAAUACUAGAUAUGCAGCAGACCUACGACAUGUGGCUAAAGAAACACAAUCCUGGGAAGCCUGGAGAGGGGACACCGCUCACCUCACGAGAAGGGGAGAAACAGAUCCAGAUGCCCACCGACUACGCUGACAUCAUGAUGGGCUACCACUGCUGGCUCUGUGGGAAGAACAGCAACAGCAAGAAGCAAUGGCAGCAGCACAUCCAGUCGGAGAAGCACAAGGAGAAGGUGUUCACCUCAGACAGUGACUCCAGCUGCUGGAGCUACCGCUUCCCCAUGGGCGAAUUCCGGCUCUGCGAAAGGUUCCAGAAGAGCAAGGCCUGCCCCGAAGGAGAGGAGUGUCGCUAUGCCCACGGCCAGGACGAGCUGACGGAGUGGCUAGACCGGAGGGAGGUGCUGAAACAGAAACUGGCCAAAGCCCGCAAGGACAUGCUGCUCUGCCCCAGGGAUGACGACUUCGGGAAAUACAACUUCCUAUUGCGGGAUGGCGUAUAGUAAGGGGUGGGGGGGGUGGGGAGCCUGUCAGCUGGAGAAACACGGGGCGGGUUUUCCGAGAGUGGCAGUAGCAGGGGGAGCGAGAUCUGUCUCGCAAAGAGAACUUUUUCUUUUCUUUCGUUUUAAGAUUAUGAGACGAUGAUUUAUUAGUGGUGAAUGAAAUCGUGAAUUUGAUUCUCCUUGGGCAGCGAACGCCAUGCUCACUGAGUUUGUGAUCUGUCUUCUCUCUCUUCUUUCCCCCCAAAUUCUCCUUCCUCGCCAUCUUUUUGUUUUCACUGUCCUUCAAAGGAAGGAAUCCAGUCUGUACUGGGCUGCAAAUUGGAGAAUUUCUUCUUGGGUCAUUCUCCUGCCCUUCAAUUCAGAUGCGGCUGCAGAGGUCUGGAGGACAAAGGGCCAGGUAUCUGGUGAAAGGGUGACCGUGAAGUUCAUGUGCUCCUUUUCUCAGUGCUGCAGAGCAAGCCCCGCUUAACACUGCUGCAGCCAUCCUGCUCUCCUGGGAGUUCAGCACCAGAAGAGUUAGGAAUUGAGGUGCAAAAGAAGGAAAACCACUAGAUCUGGCUUAAAACAUCAGUGCUUAAGCUCCUGCUGUCUCUGUUGCCCUGAGACAUCAGCUGGUGCUGAGGAGGGUAACAGCCGUCCGGUGUAAAGAGUGCAUCUAAAAGCAGCAAAGUAAUAAAACUGCUCGCAGCAGCAGGAGCUGGACUGUAGGUGACUUCAGACUGUUUCAGCUGACUGUACCCAGAAAGCAAGUCGGUGACUGAUGAUUAGAUGCCUUUCUCAGUGUGCGACAGGUAUUCAGGGUGGGUAGUUUGGGCUGGGUUUUUUUUUUUCGGCUGGUGUGACUGCCGCAAGUAAGACUGAAGCCAUCUAGAAGGUGCAGUGGAGACUGUGACACGCGCCGUGUCACUGUAGUCCACGCGGCAGUGCCAGGCAGGAGGAAGGCUGUAACCAAAAGGGAGCCUGUGUUUCUGUGUUGCCUGGUGUCCUGAAGAGAGGGCGGGAGGUAAUGGGGUUCCCUUCUUGUUCUUCAAAAGGCGGGUGUUACUGGCUCUUCAGAGCUGCGGUUUUCCCUGCGCGGCCGGAACUGGGUCGGGACCCGUUUAAAAGGUCACAGCGGAGCAGCACGGGUAGUGCUUUGCUGAUGGGAACCCAGCUGGAAGGGCGCUUCCCAGCACCAGAGGCCCGGCCCCCUCCUCCUCGGAGCCGGGAGCUUGUGGGUGCCCAGGGCGGGUGGGCUGCGCCCCGGGGCAGGGACCGUGCUGGGGGGAGCGGGGCCCAGCCGCGCGCCUGCUCCUGUCCCGCCUGACGUGCACCACGAUGCUGGGCUCUGGGCCAGGAUUUGUGGCUUUUACGGUGGCAGCGGGGCGAGGCAGUACUGCCCCGUGUGCCAGCCUUGUCCUUUCUGGCUGUCUCAUCCUGUGAACGGUGUGUCCUGUCCUGAGCUUCCCUCUCCUCCUCUCUUCUGCAGUCCAGCUGCCUCUGCAGUUCUGCGUGCCCGGAUGGCACCAUCCACUCAGACACAAAUACGUCUCCCUCCCAGCCCUUGUAGGGGGAUGCCUGUUUCAUCCAGAGUCUCCCAGGACAGCAAGCUCAGAGCUCUUGGCGCUGGCAGGGCUGUAUCCGUGGUAAAUAAAUACAGCCUAGCCGUGAACCGCUCGGCGCUUUGGCAUUGCUGGGUCCCCCUUUUCCCACCCUCCUCCCACAUCAUUGGGGUUCCCUGCUUCAAGAGCGAUGGGAUGUGGAAAUACAGGAGAUGUGGAAACGCAGGAGAUGCUGUGGGGACAGCUGGCACCUUACUAAACCAGCCUCCAGGCAGGUGCAUCAGCUCCGCUGGGGUUGGUUACGGGCCAGGACCUUAACAUCUGAUGAUACGGAGGUGGUUUAGUGGGAGAAGAGCGGGGGGGAGUGGUUAUUUCCAUCUCUGCCCACGUGUGGGGCUGGAGAAGGAUCCGUAGUGCUGUGGGGUGAGAGAGUGACCGACGCAUGGCUCGUUUUGAGUGGUCGGGUGCUGCAUUUUCUCCUCUGCCCUUCGCCGUAGCUGUCUGGAUCGUACCUUCUCCUGGUGCUCCUUGUGCUUGACUGGUCCAUUUUAUAAACAGAGAGUCAGUCAGGGGAGGGGGCAGGCAUCAGCUCCCGCGUCACCUCGUUCUGCUCUUCUCGGGCGGAGGCGCCGAGGAAGCGAAUCUGGAAGAGGGAACGUUGGAAUGCGUUUUUAUUUUUAAAACAAAUCUGCAUCUCUAGUGUGACUCUAGCGUUCGCUGCACCGUGAUUUCUCAUCCGAUAACUCGUUGAGGUUACAGAGUGGGUCGCUGUCCCCUCUCCCCAUCUCUGCAAUGAGAUCCGAGCUGCCUGGCGGGGCUUCGGAGGUUUGGGCUGGGGCCGAGGCGGGGAGGGGGCGAGCGUGCGCGAGGCGAGGGAGGCCCGCAGUCCCAGGGGCUGCGUCAAGAACCUCUUCUUGUUUUCCCCGAUAUGAUAACCUGGUCUGUGGUGUUGCAGUCCUUUGUCACCAGACUUGUUUUAGUGUGUAUAUAUGUGACCCCUCCCGUGAAGCAUAUAUACACAGGUAUUAAAUAUAUCGCUCUAUAUAAUAUUAUAUGUGUGUGGUAUCGAAGGAAUCUUUUAAAUGAGGGUAAAGGAAAAGGACUCGGGCCAGGAAACGCAGCAUCUCCAGUUUAAAUAUGAAGACUUGUAUUUGGGUUAGGGAAAGGGAAAUAUCAAAGAGGGGAGGGUUUUAUAUAGAUAGGUAUACAUUUUGAGAUGGGACAGGUUCCCCUGUUCACAGUUUUGAAACCCCCUAGGAUGUCCGCGCAGUCCCGUCUCACUGAAAGAGAAUUAUACUGCUAACUAGCGAGUAAAGUUCUAAUGAUAAGGCUUUGCUUAUAUUAUUUAAAGGGACAUUGUGAAAGGCAGGAAGCUUCACACUUGACUUCCCAGGCUGGCUUUGUCAAGCCAAGAGGGUUGUCUUCAUCAUGUUAUGUACUCUCAGCAGACCGGCUCGGCGCUCACGGCUCUACAACAGAUCAACCACAAGCUGUAGGGCUGCUUUAGUGGUGCAUUCACAAGAUUUGGUGAUAACUCUCUCAUCAGUCACGUGAGGGAAAAAAGAAAAUUUUGCAGCACAGAACCAAAUCUGAAGGUUAUUAACAAAAGAAGUGAUAUUUUAAUUUUAUAACAUUAGAACAGAAUCUCAUAUCCUGUAAAAUCACCACACACACUCACACAGAGCAGGGACUUUGAUUUAGAUCAGCUUGUUAAAUGCUGAAGGACUUAGUGAAAAUCUUUUACCAAAUCCUUUGGUAGGGGCAGGGAUUUAAGUGCUGCUGGGGUUGGAGUUAACCUGACCUUUCCAGGGGGAAGUGGAAAAACAAAAAAUACCCUACUUAGCUUGUAUGAAACUGUAUGUCACAAAUGGCUGGGCUUCAGCAAGUGAAAGGAAAAGAUAGCAAGGGGAUGCUGCAGUUCUGAGCUGGGUAGUAAUGAUUUCGAGUCCUUUAAUAUGUCUUUGUAUUAAUAUAAUUUAAGAAUACCACGCUUUACUAUUAAAAAAGAACUUAGUAUCUUUCAUAAGGUCUAGUAUCAGGAUAAUAAUGUAGAUGUUUUAACAACAUUUUUGUUUUUGUUCUUAAAUAAAAAAAAAAAACAAACAACAAACUUGCUUCUUUUAGCCUUUGUAAUAGAAAAUAAAAGUGUGCACUUUAAACCCUCU